AUAUUGAGUAGCGGAGAUUAGAAUGGUUUGUUGUGUGAUUGGCUUGAAGAGAUAUUGUAUAGUUAGGGAAGUAUUAGUACAAACGUGAACUUUGUCAGCUUGUCAGAAGUGGUUAGAUUCACACCCGAACACAAUAACAAGACAGGCAGGAUAUUUGACAAAUAGCAGACGACAGUUAUCAAACAAGUUUAAAAGUUAACAGCAAAUGUGUUGGCAGUGAUCGAAAAAGAAUUUUAAAGUAUUGGGAUUUUUAACAACGUUUUGAUAAUUGUGAAAACUUCAAAAAAUGGAUUCUAUGUCAACGAUGCCGUCACCCGACGGAGCUGGUUCUCCUCUAAUGUUUAAAUCGGACGGGAGGAGUAUGUCACCCUUGUCAAAAUCCGAAAGUGUUUCACCAGGAGUCAGAGAUGAUCACGUUAAAAGACCCAUGAACGCUUUUAUGGUGUGGUCCCGUGGACAAAGAAGAAAAAUGGCACAGGAAAACCCUAAAAUGCACAACUCAGAAAUCAGUAAAAGAUUAGGAGCAGACUGGAAGUUACUUACCGAGGAAGAGAAGAGACCCUUCAUUGAUGAAGCUAAAAGACUCAGGGCAUUGCAUCUUAAGGAACAUCCCGAUUAUAAAUACAGACCAAGACGAAAACCUAAAUCUUUAUUACGGAAGGAUAAAUACGCAUUUCCCAUCCCUUUUGUACCAGGCAUGGGUAUGAAUAUGGGCAUGGGCAUGGGCAUGGGAUUAAGUGGAAUGAAUGCAUCAGCUUUAACAAGUAUGGCUCACAACUUUGUCUCCAUGACCGGACAUCAAUCGGAAUCUCUACACGGGUCAUCAUUAAGUAGUCUCAGUGAAAAGGCGAGGUCAUUUCUUCCACCCACCUCACUCGCCAACCACAUGUACUCUUUCCUGGAUCCAACUGGAAGUAAACUAGAUUCCAGUUCUCUCAACCUCCGUCAUCAAGAAUUAUCAGGGAACCCUCUUUACUCACCGUACUCUCUACCCCCUCAUAGUUCUUCCCUGGGAAGUUUACCUCCGGCAGCUCACAGUCACCCUGGACUCCCUGGACAAUAUCUGGUGCCGUGCUGCCCACCCACUUACAUGCCAUCCCAGGACGUUCACAGGCCGGUCGCUUACCUGUUGGUAAAACCAGAUGAGCAUUAUCCUCGACAUCCGGCCGUUAUAUAAACUCUUAAAAAAACAUUUUUUUGAGGGAUAAACCUUAAAUCUCACCCCAGCUUUGUAGAAUCGAAGCGGGGCUUCGGAUCUCAGUGCAAGGAGCUGACCCAGUGACUGAUAGUGUGUAUAGAUUAAAGAAGGGAACAUAACGUGAAAAUACCUGUAUUUGGAUUUUUAAAUGUAUAUAUUGACAAAGAAAUGACUUGGUAUCCAAGCGUGCUAACUAAUUAUUGCUUUGUCAAGAAUAUUCCUUCAACUGGGACUCAUAGAUAUUUAAUAAUAAUGUUGCAAUUAAAACUAAUUAAAUGACGUCAUUAUCCUUCAUGUGUGAGACUGUGAGUAUGUGCUUUUCAUCCUAGUGUUUGUUAUUAUUGUUAGUGUACAUAUUACAUUUAUAUAUAUCUUAAAUCGUCUCUAAGUAAAUUACAUAUUUAGUAAAUGGUUAAGUGUAAUGUUUAAUCAAUUUAUAGACAUUAAAGGGACAACUUGUAUUAGAACAAAUCGCCAGUUUGAUCAUUUAAAUUUAUUAAUAUAGUUCAAAGGGAUACUACGUUGGAGAAAUUAUUUUAGGUGUAAUAAAACAUAAAUGAAUUUCUGUAGAUUAACCGUUUUAUAAGGAAUUCACGAAUGGGUUACAUAAGAAAAAAAACUGAAAUUUAUGUCCUUAUUAUUUGUAUGAAAUAGAUUCAAUUUUUAUUUCACGAUAAGAAAUAAGGAAUAGAUUAAGAUCAAAUUUAUCUGGUAUUUUGUUUAUUUGAUCCCAGUGGAUCGUUUUUGCACUGAUACUUGUCUGGCUUGCUCGGAUAAAUAAUCUGAAUUCUAAUAUGUUUCGUGCUUUUCAAACACUGAUUUAGAAUGAUCUUGUCCUAUUCUUUAUUUACAAUAAUUUAAUAAUUAUUGAAAAGUUGUGUUAAUGCAUCCCGUGCUAUAAUUUAAUUCGAGAUGGUUCGAACGCGUCUCUUCCUAUUGUUACAUCUUUUAGUGUUUUAUGUUUAAAGCGCCCAAGGCGUGAAUAAUUAUUUAGUGCUAUAGUAUAAUAAUACCUGAAUAAGACAUAAGUUUUAUUAAUAAUCAUUGUUAUUAGUUGGUAUUGUGUAUAAAUUCUUUUCUUUUGUUUAAUUCUUAUAGAAAUCCACACUUCAUAAUUCACAAAGAAUGUCAUAAUUUUUUUUCUCUUUUUAUUUCUGAAUUAAUUCAACAAAAAUAUGAGAAUAUGUUUAUUAUUUGAUGGAUAUAUUUGUUAAGUUUUGAAAACUUUUAUGGCGAUUAAAAAUAAUUCUUAACGUCUA